UCGGGGUACUGCGCGGGAGCCAUCUACGCCUCCGAGCUCGCACGCCUCGACGCCGGCGUACAGGCGGUCGCUUUGUUCCACGCGAACUACCAGAACCUUUCGGCGUUCACGCCGGCCAUGUCGGACGUUUGGAUGCAGUACCACCAUGCCGAAUUCGACAGAGUCGGCGACGACGGCCUUCUGGAGCUCGAGCACCACCUCGCCGGAGCCGGCGUCCAGGUCUGGGAGACGCUCAAGUACGGCGGCACGUCUCACGGCUUCGCGGAUCCGACGAACAGCAUCUACGACGAGCGCGCCGCGGACCAGGCCCACGCGACGAUGUACUCGUUCUUCAAGGCCAAGAUGCCCCCCAAGGCCGAAGUCGACGACGACACCUCGUGCGAAGAUUCCAAGACCUGGCACAAGAACGGCGACCCCGCCAAGGACUGCGCCUGGGUGUCCGAGUGGUCGCCGCGCUGCCAGGUCAAGGGCGCAGACAAGUCCCUCGCGUCGGAGCACUGCACCUGCGCCUGCCAGUAG